CGCGCAGGGCGGAGAGAGGCAGUGGCCGCCGCCGCCCGGCCCCAGACCUGUCAGACCUGGCAGCCGGCCUCAAGCGGCGGGUGCGGCGGGCGCGGCGGGCGCGAGCACGGCCCCGCGGCCCGGGGAGCAGCUGGAGCCGGCCCCAACGAGCCGGCAGAGGGCGGGGAGAUGUGCGGCGGCCCCGCGGCGGCGCCCCAGGAUGAGGAGGGACGCGCGGCGCUGCCCUUGGGAGCCGGGGCUCCCGUGAAGUAGUCGCCGCCGACUGUCCGCCUGCACCGAGCCGUUCCGCGCCGCGGCCGCUCAGCCUCUGCCAUGGCCGGGGCCGGCGCGUGGAAGCGCCUCAAAUCUCUGCUGAGGAGGGAUGAUGCGCCGCUGUUCCUAAAUGACACCAGCGCCUUCGACUUCUCGGAUGAGGUCGGGGGCGAGGGGCUUUCUCGGUUUAACAAACUUCGAGUUGUGGUGGCCGACGAUGGUUCUGAAACCCUGGAAAGGCCUAUAAACGGGGCGCACCCGGCCCUCCAGGCCGACGAUGAUUCCUUAUUGGACCAGGACUUACCUUUGACCAACAGUCAGCUGAGUUUGAAGGUGGAUUCCUGUGACAACUGCAGCAGACAGCGAGAGCUGCUGAAGCUGAGAAAGGUGAAAACCAGGUUGACCAUUGCUGCUGUUCUUUACUUGAUUUUCAUGAUUGGAGAGCUUGUAGGUGGAUACAUUGCAAAUAGCCUAGCAAUCAUGACAGAUGCACUUCAUAUGUUAACCGAUCUAAGCGCCAUCCUACUCACCCUGUUUGCUUUGUGGCUGUCAUCAAAAUCACCAACUAAAAGAUUUACUUUUGGAUUUCAUCGGUUAGAGGUUUUGUCCGCUAUGAUUAGUGUGCUGUUGGUGUAUAUACUUAUGGGAUUCCUCUUAUAUGAAGCUGUCCAAAGAACUAUCCACAUGAACUAUGAAAUAAAUGGAGAUAUAAUGCUUAUCACCGCAGCUGUUGGAGUUGCAGUUAAUAUAAUAAUGGGGUUUCUGUUGAACCAGUCUGGUCACCAUCACUCUCAUUCCCACUCCCUGCCUUCAAAUUCUCCUACCAUAGGUUCUGGGUGUGGACACAGCCAGGAUAGCCUGGCAGUGAGAGCUGCAUUUGUACAUGCUUUGGGGGAUUUGGUACAGAGUGUGGGUGUACUAAUAGCUGCAUACAUCAUACGAUUCAAGCCAGAAUACAAGAUUGCUGAUCCCAUCUGCACAUAUGUAUUUUCAUGUCUUGUGGCUUUUACAACAUUUCACAUCAUAUGGGAUACAGUAGUUAUAAUACUAGAAGGUGUACCAAGUCAUUUGAAUGUAGACUAUAUCAAAGAAGCCUUGAUGAAAAUAGAGGAUGUAUAUUCAGUGGAAGAUUUAAACAUCUGGUCUCUCACUUCAGGAAAAUCUACUGCCAUUGUUCACAUACAGCUAAUUCCUGGAAGUUCAUCUAAAUGGGAGGAAGUACAAUCCAAAGCAAACCAUUUAUUAUUGAACACAUUUGGCAUGUAUAAAUGUACUAUUCAGCUUCAGAGUUACAGGCAAGAUGUGGACAGAACUUGUGCAAAUUGCCAGAGUUCCAGUCCCUAAUUUUAUAUAUUUUGGGGACUCCUGCCUUAUUAUCUUGCAGUCACAGACUUGAGAGCAAUAAAUGCAAACCCAAAUGAGAAAAA